CUACCUUCUUAGGUACGGCAGUAAGUAGUUGGCACAUGAAACCGAUACGUCAGCCAGGCGAGCUCGACCUCGGAAUGCCCUCGCAUUGUGAACCUGCAUGUGUGCCCCGAGUGCGUGCCUAUAAGAUCCCGCCGUGGCCGGGAGCCAUGCCAUCCGCGCCACUCACUCCUUAACAAUGGACAGAAGCACGCUCCUCCUCCUGCUAUUUGCCGGGGCAGUGCUCUACCGCCUGGCUCGGUCGGUGCUCACGGCGUUGCAGCGCCGGCGCUUCCGGCGCGCGCACAACUGCCAGCCGCCCAGCCGCCUCGCCUCGGGCCCAUGGGGGGUUUACGCCUUCGUGGGGCUACUCUCGGCGGCGCGACGCAAAGAGCACCUUCAAUACAUCGUCGCGCGCUACACCUCGGGGAUGGAGACAUUCGCGAUGUCGCACUUCGGCACGGACCUGAUCCAGACGAUGGACCCGGGCAACAUCAAGACGGUUUUGGCGACGAAGUUCAGCGACUACCAGCUGGGCGUCGCCCGCCACGACAGCUUCCGCGACCUCUUCGGCGACGGCAUCUUCACGCUCGACGGCGCGGGGUGGGAGCACUCGCGCGCGCUGCUGCGGCCACAGUUCUCGCGCAAGCAGGUGGCGGACGUCGGGAUGCUCUCUGUGCACGUAUCGCGGGUGCUCGCGCACCUGGCCGCGGUGCCCCGCGGCCAACCGGUAGACCUGCAGCCGCUGUUCUUCGCGCUGACGCUGGACUCGGCGACCGAGUUCCUGUUCGGCGAGACGGCGGGGUCGCUGCUGCGCGGCGCCGACGACCGCGAGGGGUUCGCAUACAACUUCAACCAGGGCCUGGAGUGGAUCAUGUUCCGGCUGCGGCUGCGGGCGUUCCCGCUCGUGAUGCGGUGGAAGCCCGCGGCUAUGCGCCGCUGCAACGAGUUUGUCCACCGCUUUGUCGACGGCUAUGUAGCCCACGCCCUUGACCCAACAAGGAAGAGGGACGCGGAGAGAUAUGUCUUCCUCGACGCGGUGGCUGCGCAUUCGCAGGACCCGAAGCUCCUAAGAGACCAGAUGCUCAAUAUCCUCCUGGCCGGCCGCGAUACCACCGCGGGCCUGAUCGGCUGGACGAUGUACCUGCUCGCGGGUGACGCACGGGUGUAUGCCAAGCUCCGCGGCGAGCUGGAGGCCGCGUUCGGCACCGGCGUGCCCGGCGCCUGGAGGAGCCCCAGCUUCGAGGAGCUGAAGGACGUCGUGUACCUGCGGCACGUGCUGAACGAAGCGCUACGCCUCUACCCCGCGGUCCCCCUCAACCUGCGCACCGCGAUCCGCGACACCGUGCUCCCGCGCGGCGGCGGGGUCGACGGGCAACAGCCGAUGCACGUGCACCGGGGACAGCGGGUACAAUACAGCGUAUUCGCGCUGCACCGACGGACAGACCUGUACGGGGCCGACGCGGCAGAGUUCCGGCCGGAGCGGUGGGGUGAGGGCAAGGCGAUCGGGCGCGGCUGGGAGUAUUUGCCGUUCAAUGGCGGCCCGAGGAUCUGUCUCGGUCAGCAGUAUGCCCUCACUGAGGCCGGCUACACCGUCGUUAAGUUGCUGCAGAGGUUCAAGGGGAUGGAGUUGGCGAAGGAUAGAGGCGUGACUAGGAUUCAGACUACGCUUACGAUUGCGCCGGAGACGCUAUGGGUAAGGCUGGUGCCGGUGGACAUGGACACUGCGGAGUAGGAUGUCGUGGGGGCGGCGGGCAAGGUGCCGCGUUGGUGAUGACUCGGUCAUGAAUUAUGAUGCUAUGUGUACGGAUAUACACGCUAUACUGCCUAAAUCCAUCUUAAAUUUUUGUUUAAUUCCAGCCCGAAAUCAUCGUACAUCACCCACAUCCCUACUUUCACGCAAGAAGAAUCAAACCCAUCACGCAAAAUCAAUGAUACCCCCAAAGCAGCCUUGUUCCAUGCGCGCAAAGAAGUGAAAACGGAAACCAACGUCAAAGACAAAAACCCACCCACCCCUACCAUUACCA